UCAUAUAUAAAAUAAACAAUCACAGGACGGAUAUAUUUUGUCUGUUUUAUUAUAUUCGGUGGGUAUAUUUCUGUGUGUAUGCAGUACAAUUCAGGUACACGUUAACGUAUACUAUAUAUAUAUCAGUUGUAUAUGCAUAUAUCAGUGUACAAUUCGGACAUUCCAUACGUAUACACAACGAAGCCAAGAUGUUAUCCGCCUCGAAAAUGUUAACCCGAUCUACCGCCGCCGGUGGAUCUCUGCGUUCUGCUACUGCCGCUGUCUGCAUCGCAAGUCAGCGAUGGGCUUCGAACAUGCAGUGCAGGCUAGCUGCCCGCCCCAUCGGGCUACCCAAGGAUAGUGAUUGGAAGUUCACUGAGGAGCCCAUUCCCGAAGCGAAAACCGAUGGAGAUGUGGUGGUGAAGACUCUCGCACUCUCUAUUGAUCCUGCGAUGAGAGGAUGGAUGAACGAUGCCAGAUCAUAUCUACCACCUGUCCAAAUCGAUGAGGUAAUGCGUGCUGGAGGCGUAGGCAAAGUCGUCUCGAGCAAGAACCCAAAAUUCACCGUGGGUAGCCAUGUAUCAGGCUCCUGGGGUGUUCAGGAAUACGCAUACAUGCCCAAGGAAAUUCAGUCUACCAUAGGAUUGACGAAUAUUGAUAUGAAACUCGGUAACGUAUCUCAAUGGCUAAAUCCACUGGGUAUGCCGGGGAUGACCGCCUACUUUGGUCUUUUGGAUGUGUGCGGCCCAGUUAAGGCAGGGGAGACGAUAGUUGUGUCGGCUGCUUCAGGUGCUGUGGGUCAAACUGUCGGACAGGUCGCCAAGGCACGUGGGCUCCGAGUAGUUGGUAUCGCAGGCGGGGCUGAGAAGUGUGCAUUCGCUGUGAACGAGCUAGGCUUUGACGCGUGCAUCGAUUACAAGUCAGGGCCCAAGGCGGUGAGCAAAGGACUUUCGGAACACUGCCCCAAAGGCGUAGAUAUUUUCUUCGAUAACGUUGGUGGCGAGAUACUUGACACGGUGAUGACCAGGUUGCGUCGCAAUGCUCGAAUUGCUAUCUGCGGUGCUAUUUCACAGUACAACAACACCACUGCAGUCGAGGGACCCGCAAACUACCUUAGUCUACUGGUAAAUCGCGCCAAGAUGCAGGGCUUCAUUGUCUUCGACUAUGCCCCCAGGUACAUGGAGGGUAUUCAAGAAAUCUCACAAUUGAUAAAGGAAGGCAAAUUUAUCAGCAAGGAGCACGUGGAGUCUGGAGGUGUAAAGGCUUUCCCCGCCGUACUGAACAAACUUUUCGCCGGUGAGAACUUUGGCAAGCUGGUUCUUAAAAUCGCGGACGAAUAGGUUUUCUUCAUUGAUAUAAUAAAAAUACUAAAAAUCGUACAAACU